CUGUAUCAUUAAAGAGUGGGAAGAGAGGGAGGGCACGCGGGAGGAGGUGUGAGAUUACGCGAAUGCUUCCGCGAGUCGCUCUGUAACUCGAUCGGGUUGUAGGAGCUGGUAAAGCGAGAAGACACGCGCUUCAGAGGCGAGGAGGUUGAGAGAGAGAGAGAGGGGGGUUUGAAGAUAGCCGAGGUGUCCUCUGUGCGGUUCAGGGGUGGACUAUGUGGCAUGAGUGUUAUUGCAUCACGUAAUAUUGUGCUAGUGAAAACAAGCAGGGCUUUUGACAGAGAGAGAAUAGAAGAAAGCGUUCAGUAUCGGCGGAUGAUGAUGAGGAUGCAGCCAUAACGAGGGACCAACGCGAUAAUAACAGGGUAACGCAGAGGGGAUUCACUGAGCCAUGCAGAGAGAAGGACUACCAAGAGAGAAGAAAUUGCACUGCAUCACUUCCAGUGGAUGACAGCGGAGUUCACACGCACUUCUGUCGCAUGGGCUUAACGUCCUGUGAACAGACAACUCGGAAGCAGUGAGACGGGAGAGAAAGAGCGCAUCCGUGUCUCUGGUUUUCACUGAUGGACAAGUGGACAUUGGGGCUAUGCUGGAGCUUCGGCCCCUGUUGUCCAUCCCGUCUCCCCCCUGCUGAAGCUCCCGGCACAGCCCUGGAGCACAGAGGGUGAGAGAGACGGCCUCAUGCAGGCACGCAAGAAGUACGUGCUUCUGGGCCUGUGCAUGUGCUGUUGGCUGUUGCUCUAUUACUGGGGCGGCUUGCAGGAACGGCUCCUGGGUCUCAUCACCCACAAGAGGGGGGAGGCGGCACGGCCCUGGCCCAACUGGUUGGAUCGGGACCUGCUCCCGGGUUAUGCAGACCAGGCCGAGCUACAAAAUGGUGGGGGUUCAGGUGACUCACCAAGGCAGCGGCGGCAGUCGUGGGCCGGAAUCUACAAGGACAGUCGCUGCAGGAUGGACACCUGCUUUGACUUUGCCCGAUGUCAAAGGCAGAGCGGCUUUCGGGUCUACAUCUAUCCACCAGAGAAGGGCGAGCGCGUGUCCGAGAGUUACCGCAAGAUCCUCACUUCAGUCACGGAGUCGCGGUAUUACACGUCAGACCCUCGAGAGGCAUGUCUGUUCGUGCUGGGCAUCGACACGCUGGACAGGGACCAGUUGUCGACACAGUUUGUGCCCAACGUGGACGAGCGGAUUCGAGGUUACCCGCUCUGGAACGACGGGCGAAAUCACGUCAUCUUCAACCUUUAUUCCGGAACCUGGCCCAACUACACCGAGGACUUGGGCUUUAAUGUGGGCCAGGCCAUCCUGGCCAAAGCAAGCCUGAAUACGGAACACUUCCGACCGGGCUUUGACAUUUCCAUCCCUUUGUUCUCUAAAGAACACCCCCGGAAGGGUGGAGAGAUGGGCUGGUUAGUUCGCAACACCGUCCCGCCAAGGCGUAAAUACUUGUUGAUGUUUAAAGGUAAACGUUACUUGACGGGCAUCGGCUCAGACACUCGCAAUGCUUUGCAUCACAUCCACAACGGCAAGGACAUCGUCUCCCUAACAACAUGUCGCCACGGCAAGGACUGGGAGAAGCAUAAGGAUGCACGGUGUGACCAUGACAACCAGGAGUAUGAGAGAUUUGACUAUCAAGAGCUGCUCCACAACUCCACCUUCUGUCUUGUUCCCCGGGGUCGGCGCUUGGGGUCAUUCCGUUUCCUGGAGUCUUUGCAGGCCGCUUGUAUCCCGGUGUUACUCAGUAAUGGCUGGGAGUUACCCUUCUCUGAUGUCAUCCAGUGGAACCAGGCAGUCAUCGAGGGCGACGAGAGACUGUUACUACAGGUACCUUCUACGGUGCGGGCUGUGGGCAUUGACAGGGUGCUGGCUCUCAGACAGCGUACACAGAUGCUCUGGGAGGCCUACUUCUCCUCCGUGGAUAAGAUUGUACUCACCACACUGGAGAUCAUAAAGGACAGAGUGUACUCGCACAUCUCCAGAAAUAAAUUCAUGUGGAAUGCCUUACCAGGAGGGCUGCUGGUUCUGCCCGAGUACUCAACGCAAUAUAUAUUGUAUCCUAUGCAUUAUGGCAAGAACGCUCACUCUUUUUCCUCUGUUGAUGUAGGAAUCAGCCCAGGUCAGGAGUUCACUGCUGUAAUUCAUGCCACCUCACCUCUGGUCUCCCAGUCUCAGCCAAUCAUGAAGCUCCUUCAGGUCGUCUCCAAGUCAAAAUACUGCUCACAGAUCAUCAUCCUGUGGAACAGUGAGAAGCCGCCCCCUCACCGGAGUAAAUGGCCGCCUAUGCCAGUGCCCCUUAUCAUCACAGAUGGAAGAAGGAAAACAAGCAGCCGUUUCCUGCCACAUGCAGCUAUUGAGACGGAGGCAGUUUUGAGCCUGGAUGAAGACACGGUGCUGUUGACCAGCGAGAUCGAUUUUGCUUUCCAUGUGUGGCGGAGUUUCCCAGAGAGGAUUGUUGGCUACCCUCCCAGAAGCCAUUUCUGGGACCCUGUAAAAAAGGCCUGGGGCUACACCUCUAAAUGGACCAACGAGUACUCCAUCGUCCUCACCGGAGCGGCGUUUUAUCACAGGUACUACCAUCACCUGUUCUCUCAAUACCUGCCCUCCUCUGUGCGUGCGCUGGUGGAUCGCACCUCUAACUGUGAGGAUAUCCUGAUGAAUUUCCUGGUCUCCUCUGUGACACACCUGCCACCGAUUAAAGUAGCGCAGAGGAAGCAGUACAAAGAGAUGCCCACCCUGCAGGGCACUAAGAUGGCCCCGUGGGCGAACCCUGAGCACUUUACCCAGAGGCAGGAGUGUGUCAACACCUUUGCAAGCUGGUUUGGUUACAUGCCUCUAGUGCACUCUCAGUUUCGCCUGGACCCCAUACUGUUCAAGGACCACGUGUCCGUCCUGCGCAAGAGGUACAAAGACCUGGAGCGCAUCUGAGCAAAGCUGAACAGAGUGGCGACGGGUCACAAACUGAUACUGAUGCUGAUGGAGAGACUUAUCUCUAUCCCUCCACUACUGGUUGCUAGCUUGUGGUGGCCAGUUGGUGGACAAGAGACUGUUAUGACCAGUUCUCAAUUUAUGACUGACAGCUUCAUGGAUGAGAAAACAUCAUAGAUCUGUCAAUCAUUCCAGCUGCUGUUUGACUGGAGGAGUUUGUAGCGUUAAGGGUGCCUAAUGGUGCUGUGGAUGUCACUCACAUGACAGUGAGUCGACCAGCAACUGACUGAUCACAUGAUGUGGUAAUUACAUGACCAAUAAAAUUAUUCCGAAAUGCAAACUGUGUCUGUAUUUGUGAAAUUAUGCUUUCAUGUUGCUGUUUCAAGCAACUAUGCCUAAAACUACUACCCAACAUAUGGGUAGUUAAUAAAUAAGAAACUAAUUUUCUGUUCAACAUAAAGACGUUAGGUGAAAGGUAAUAUUCUUUGUGACAAAUCCAUUACUUUUCAGACAAUUGAAAGUUGAAAUAGAUUAUUAAGAUAAAAUGUAUAUUAAAGUAUAUGGAAAAGUGUAUUUACAGAUGCACACGCAAAUGAU